ACCCGGCCCGCCCCCUCCCCCACCCCCGCUCCUGGACCCGCCGGUGGGGUCUGGAUCCCACGGUGCCGUCGCCGCCUCCUUUUUCGACGCCUUCGCCGCCGCCUGAGGAGGCGACACAGUCGGGAGCUCCGCCGCCGCUGCCAGGAUGGAUAGAAUGACAGAAGAUGCUCUUCGUCUGAAUCUUUUGAAGAGAAGUUUGGACCCAGCAGACGAACGAGAUGAUGUCCUGGCAAAACGACUCAAAAUGGAGGGCCAUGAGGCCAUGGAACGUCUGAAAAUGUUGGCACUGCUCAAAAGGAAAGAUCUGGCAAAUCUUGAGGUGCCACAUGAAUUACCUACCAAACAAGAUGGCAGUAGUGUCAAGGGUUAUGAAGAAAAACUCAAUGGAAAUAUCAGGCCUCAUGGAGACAGCAGGACUGCUGGAAGGCCAGGCAAAGAAAACAUCAAUGAUGAGCCUGUGGAUAUGAGUGCUAGACGGAGUGAGCCCGACCGAGGAAGGCUAACUCCUUCCCCAGACAUAAUUGUUUUGUCUGACAAUGAGGCUUCCAGUCCCCGGUCCAGCUCCCGGAUGGAAGAGAGACUCAAAGCAGCCAACCUGGAGAUGUUUAAGGGGAAAGGCAUUGAGGAACGGCAGCAGCUUAUUAAGCAACUGAGGGACGAGCUACGAUUGGAAGAAGCUCGUCUGGUGCUGUUAAAGAAGCUGAGACAGAGUCAGCUACAGAAAGAGAAUGUGGUCCAAAAGACUCCAGUUGUACAGAAUGCAGCAUCUAUUGUUCAGCCAUCUCCUGCACAUGUGGGACAGCAAGGCUUAUCUAAGCUUCCCUCCCGGCCUGGGGCUCAAGGGAUUGAACCUCAAAAUUUGAGAACAUUACAGGGUCACAGUGUCAUCCGUUCAGCAACCAACACCACCCUUCCACACAUGUUGAUGUCCCAACGUGUUAUUGCACCAAAUCCAGCCCAACUUCAGGGCCAACGGGGGCCACCGAAGCCUGGCAUUGUACGCACCACAACACCUAACAUGAAUCCUGCCAUCAGUUACCAACCACAGUCAAGUUCUUCUGUUCCCUGUCAACGCACAACAUCUUCUGCCAUCUAUAUGAACCUUGCCUCCCAUAUCCAGCCAGGGACUGUGAACAGAGUGUCCUCACCACUUCCAAGCCCCAGUGCCAUGAGCGACGCUGCUAACUCACAGGCUGCAGCCAAACUGGCUCUUCGAAAACAGCUCGAAAAGACGCUCCUGGAGAUACCACCUCCAAAACCUCCUGCUCCCUUGCUUCACUUCCUGCCUAGUGCAGCCAAUAGCGAGUUUAUCUACAUGGUAGGCUUGGAAGAAGUCGUACAGAGCGUCAUCGACAGCCAAGGCAAAAACUGUGCCUCACUUCUGAGGGUCGAACCCUUUGUAUGUGCCCAGUGCCGCACAGACUUCACUCCUCACUGGAAGCAAGAAAAGAAUGGUAAGAUCCUCUGUGAGCAGUGCAUGACUUCCAACCAGAAAAAGGCUCUAAAAGCUGAACACACCAACCGGCUGAAAAACGCUUUUGUUAAAGCCCUACAGCAAGAACAGGAAAUUGAGCAGCGAUUACAGCAGCAGGCAGCGCUCUCCCCUACUACAGCUCCAACUGUAUCCAGUGUCAGUAAACAGGAGACCAUCAUGAGACAUCAUACACUUCGGCAGGCUCCACAGCCGCAGAGCAGUCUCCAGCGUGGUAUACCCACAUCAGCCCGCUCCAUGCUUUCAAACUUCGCACAGGCACCCCAGUUGUCUGUGCCAGGCGGCCUCCUUGGUAUGCCAGGUGUCAACAUUGCGUACCUGAACACUGGCAUCGGAGGACAUAAAGCCCCCAGUUUGGCAGACCGGCAGCGUGAAUACCUUUUAGACAUGAUCCCUCCCAGGUCUAUAUCACAGUCCAUCAGUGGACAGAAAUAACGCCUGUUCCACUGGUACUGCGCAUCCUUGAAUCCUUUACCCACUUCUCCCGUUGCCCCCAACUUCCGUCGCAUGCAGUGCCUGUACUGGUGCCUACCAUACACGGAAAGCGAAACUGAAAAAAACAGAAGACAAAAAUAGACAUCAACAAGGAAACACACGCCCCACCCCCAGCUCCCCUUUAUUGCACACGCUGCCAUCUGUUCUCCUGCUGCUCUGUCUUUCUCUUCGAUUCCCUUUAACAGUGAGGUGGGUCUUUGCCUCUGAUAGAGGUCAGAAUGAGGUCCUGGGGAGAAUUUAAGCCCUUUGAUGUGUGUUUCUAAAGUUUAUUUUAUGCUAUAAUUAUUAUCAUUUUUAAUUAUAUUGUGUGUCUUCCCUUUGUUCUGUGGACGGUUACCCCCCACCAUCUUCUGUUUUCUUUCCUUUCCUACCUCCCUCUGCUAAUCCUCCCUUUAAAAAAAAAAAAAAGAUAUAUAUAUAUAUAUAUAUAAUAUACAGUUCAGUGAUCACACGCAGAUUGCAGUGGAUCCUCAGCUGCCAAGUACAAAAUGACUGAGGAUGUUAGGGACAGAGAAUUGGAACGCACUUAACCUGAGCUGUGGAAUGGGCACCAUCAGGCAAGUAGGAGCAG